AAACCUAUUUUAAGUCCACACAGGACGGUGGAAUUCAGAUUUCCAUGUUUCUUUCAUGAUUUGUGCCAAAGCACCUCUGUAUCUGAAAUUCCUAAGGAUGUAAAAACUCUUUUAUUUCUUUCCUCAGACCCAAAUAAUUAUUACCACAGAAGAAAUGAAAUGACAACCACAGACAAUCUGGACUUCAAGCAUCACAACUACAAGGAAAUGAGGCAGUUGAUGAAAACUGUGAAUAAAAUGUGCCCAAAUAUCACAAGAAUUUACAAUAUUGGAAAAAGCAACCAAGGACUGAAGCUGUACGCCGUCGAGAUUUCUGACAACCCAGGAGAACACGAAGUUGGGGAGCCAGAAUUCCACUACAUCGCGGGAGCUCACGGGAACGAGGUGCUGGGYCGGGAGCUGAUCCUUCUGCUGAUGCAGUUCAUGUGCCAGGAGUACCUGGCUGGGAACCCACGCAUCGUUCACCUCAUCGAGGGCACGAGGAUCCACCUGCUGCCCUCAGUGAACCCUGACGGAUAUGACAAAGCCUACAAAGCGGGUUCAGAAUUGGGGGGCUGGUCUCUAGGACGGUGGACUCAGGACGGCAUUGACAUCAACAAUAACUUCCCUGAUUUAAACUCUCUCCUCUGGGAGUCAGAAGAUCAGAAGAAGAGCAAAAGGAAAGUUCCAAACCAUCACAUCCCGAUCCCUGACUGGUACCUGUCAGAAAAUGCCACUGUGGCAGUGGAGACACGAGCAAUCAUAGCCUGGAUGGAAAAAAUCCCUUUCGUGCUGGGUGGCAACUUGCAAGGGGGAGAGCUGGUGGUGGCCUAUCCCUACGACAUGGUGAGAUCCAUGUGGAAAACCCAGGAUUACACCCCCACGCCCGACGACCACGUCUUCCGCUGGCUGGCGUAUUCCUACGCCUCCACACACCGGCUGAUGACGGACGCCAGGAGGAGAGCCUGCCACACCGAGGACUUCCAGAAGGAGGAUGGCACUGUCAACGGAGCCUCCUGGCACACCGUGGCUGGAAGYAUAAAUGACUUYAGCUACCUGCACACCAACUGCUUUGAGCUCUCCAUCUAYGUUGGCUGUGACAAAUACCCCCAUGAGAGUGAGCUGCCUGAAGAGUGGGAGAACAACCGCGAGUCCCUGAUUGUUUUUAUGGAACAGGUCCAUCGUGGCAUCAAAGGCAUUGUGAAAGAUGUGCAUGGAAAAGGAAUCCCAAACGCUGUUAUUUCAGUGGAAGGUGUUAACCACGACAUUCGCACAGGAGCUGACGGGGACUACUGGCGCCUCCUCAACCCGGGCGAGUACGUGGUGGGCGUCAAAGCCGAGGGCUACACGGCCGCCACCAAAACCUGCGAGGUCGGCUACGACAUGGGCGCCACCCAGUGCGACUUCACCAUCUCCAAGACCAACCUGGCCAGGAUCAAGGAGAUCAUGAGGAAGUUUGGGAAGCAGCCCAUCAGCCUGGCGGCGCGCCGGCUGCGGCACCGKGYGCGGCACUGGCAGCGGCGGCGGCGGUAGAGCGCSGUCUGGUUCGGCUUCUCUCCCUCCRCCCGGCUGUAGUCGUAGUGAGAGUUUCGUAGCCCAUCUCUAAAUGCAUUUUUUCYCUGCACGAGGCCUUUCUGUUAGUGGAGCUGGGGUGGGGGUUCUCAUUUUCGUGGGGAAAGAAUGGGAAACAAAGCUCGAGUCAAACUGAGAGGAGCCCCGGGUUGAGGGGAGAGAUGGAGAAUGAAGGAAGGUGUUUCGGGAUGGCCUGGAAUGAAAUGUUUUUUGCUUGUUGGGUUAUUUAAGCCUUUGUAAAUGGGUUUUCUUUAAAAAUGGAAGGGAAAAGAUUAAAAAAAAAAAAGAACAACAAUGAAAAAGAGAUACUUAUAAAGAAAAGGUGUUCCAAAUGAGAAACUGAAAAGUGUUGUAUCUAAAGUAUAAAAUUGGUAUAUUUUUGCAACUCAAAAAAGUUUUGACACUCUAUGUUUUAUUCUCAUAUGGGAAGAAAAGCUGAGAGGGGACAACUUCUGUUCUAUAUGGUUAAAACUUGUGCCAAAAUUUCAGUCCCUCUUUCCCUGAAAGUUCCCCUUUUGCCAAGCACUAUAUUUCGGGGAAGAAACCUGCAGUGAGUAACCCACCUUUGCUUUCCUGCUUGGGUUGUUUAGAUUUAAGGWUGCUUUGUGCUUCCAGAGUUUAAUGUCAGGAGUGUUGUCCCCUCUGGCUUUUUAAGGCUGCAUUUUUAGUCCAUGAACUAAACCCAACAAAAAGGUUCUGGGAUCAGGAGUUCUCCCCUAAUGUGUGAGAAGGACUUGAACAAAGUUUCUCCAGAGGGUASAGCCGCUUGUACCCCGUGUGUGAGAGGAGGGGCUGAGUCACUGAGAGGUGCUUAAUUCCCAAAUCCACCGAUGCCAUCUUCUUUCUCGAUUUUUGGCUGACUUGAAGUGCCUUUUGUGCUCUUGCACAUCUCAUGCCAGUGCYUUUGGUGACAUGUGCAGGGUUCUGGGCUCCUCUGCAUGGCCAGCUCACCUYGCUGCUGCUUUUCUGGCCUUAUGCAUCUUUGGGAGCAGGAUUUGUGCUUUACUGUCAGCUUUUGAGUAAUAAAAUUGUACAGCAGGAMAGGAUUGAGGUUCAGGAAAGAUGCAGACCCCCUCUAGGAAAGGAUUAACUAACACUGGACAAAGUGCCAAAUGAUGAAAAUAAAACUUUUCUCCAUUAGCUUCAAUGUUAUGACCUAAAUUAUGCCAAAAAACCAGAGUCAGUUGCAUGAUUUUAGCCAGUCUGUGGCUAAAUAAACAUCUCUUAACAUUCUUGGUAGGAAGAACUACAGCAUACUCCUCCAAAUACAAUUCUGUUGUAAACAUUUUGAUUGCUAUUUACAGUUUUUGCCAAUUUGAUAGGACUCUUGGAAGAGACAUUCAGCAAAGUAUAAUUGAAACCGAGGGGGAAAAUAAAGCAUGAGUAGGAAAGUUACUGUAAAAAUACCAUGUGUUCAUUUUCUUGAGAGGUCAGAAGGGAUUAAUGAUGGUUUUGGGCCUGUAAGAAAGUGAAAUAAUUUUGGAAUAUGGAGUAAUGACAGCAGACAAUUUGUUUGCAGUUAAAUUUGACUUGUUCAUUGGCAUAURUAGAUUUUUAGAUAGAUCAAAACCACACAAGAUUUUUUGGGUUAUGAACAGAGUUUUUUGGGUUGACUCUCUUUGGAGUCGCACAAGGGCUACCCAGUCAUUUUGCUGGGGGUGGUUGGAAUGCACAGGCAAAGGUGGAAAAAAACAUCCAAAUAGAAAUCACUCUGAUAAUUGGAUUAAAGGUGGAAACCACUGUUUUAGUCCUGACAGGUCUGUUCCUUCUACCUGGAGAUGAUGGUGUGAGAGUUCAACUUUCAAACCUCAAGUGAGGUUCUCUCAACGAGAAAUUAUUCUUCAAUUGAUAACAAGAAGUGGAUUUGAUGGGGAGUUUUUGGGCAUCUCUUGGCUGAGAUUGGAUGGACUGAGAUUGCUGAAGGUCUCAGGUGCUGGGGACAGUGGCUGUGCUGUCCCUUCCUGGCUGUCACUAGAGCUUGCACGAGUUUGGGCACRGCAGAACUGGGACUAAUGCAGGUGGCCUUACUCCAUUUUAGUCAGGCAUUCCUAAAUAAAUGGCCUAAUAGCUGUCAAGCAGA